AUGGCGGCCGAACAGAGAAAGCUGCUUGAGCAGCUCAUGGGAGCCGACCAGCUCGUGGGUAUCGGUAAUCCCUCUCGCAACGCUCAGCUCUCCAUCACCGAUCCCAAGGUCUGUCGCUCGUACCUUGUGGGAACCUGUCCCCAUGACCUCUUCACCAACACCAAGCAAGAUCUGGGUCCUUGUCCCAAGGUGCACAGCGAGGGAUUGAAGACCGAGUACGAGACCGCCUCAUCGGCGGAGAAAGCGAAAUGGGGCUUCGACUUUGAUUAUAUGCGCGACAUGCAAAAGUACAUCGAUGACUGUGACCGGAGGAUCGACUCGGCUCAGCGACGUCUGGAGAAGACUCCAGAUGAAAUUCGGCAGACGAACAAUCUUCUGAAACAAAUCUCAGACCUGACCAAAACCAUCAACGGCGGCCUUCUCGAGAUCUCCGUCAUGGGCGAAACAGGCUCGGUCGCGCAAGCGCUCAACGAACUGCAUAAAAUCCGCACUGCGAAACAUCAGAAAGAGACGUGCGAACGGGAACUGAAGAACCUUCAAGACACGUCCGGCCCAUCUGGGCACCAGAAACUGCAGGUGUGUGACGUUUGCGGCGCGUAUCUGAGUCGCUUGGACAACGACCGUCGGCUGGCGGAUCAUUUCUUCGGAAAGAUGCAUAUGGGCUAUUCCGAGAUGCGCAAGACGUACAAGAAGCUGAGCGAAGAGCUCAAAGGGAGGCCCCCUCCUGUUCGUCACCAUGAUGACGACGAUGGCGGCUGGGGUGGACGUUCCGGUGGUGGAAGAGGCCCGCGGUAUGGCGGAUAUAAGAAACGCGGUGGACGGUGGUGA